AUGAAGAAUAUUUUCACAAAUUCAAGGAGAAUUAAUGAUGACGAUUUUGAUCCUAUGGAAGGAGGUUACUACUACCCUAACGCCAAUAGGGAUUUGAUGCUUUAUUUCUGUCGUACAUUCCUUCGAAAAGAACUUGGGUUCAAGAUUGUUUUCGAGGACUCAAAGGUCUGCGGCGAAGCACAGGCAGCGAAUAUGCUAGCCAUUACUGCAUCUCAGAUGGAGGAGUUUUCUGUGACGAAGAGACUUGAUAACCCGAUCAACAAUAGUGUUUGGUCAUCUACGCAGGCUCGAUCUAGAGAGAUGAAUAAAGCAACUUGUUCUGGCAUAACUUCCUUAUCAGAUAACGUCAGUUUAGAGGGAAACCCUCUGUAUAUCAGUCUUGGGCUCGAUGGGUACUUCAGCAUUGAACAGAGUAAAGUCCACGCAAUAAUGAAAGCCGCAGAUUUAGCGGGUAUGGAUUCCCAAGAAAAGGUAGAGAAGCCCACAGAUCUGUCUUUAGACAAAAAACACAUCUCUAUUUCAAAGCCGGCAGCGGAUACAAAAAUCAAACUUGAAGAAAAAAUAGAUAUCGCCACCAACGCAAAGCCGGCCGUUGUCGAUGAAGGAUAUCAUAGGUAUGGGAAAGGAAAGAUGAAAGAGGAAUUAACAUUCGCAAAAUCAAAAUUGGAAUAUAGUCAUGAGAUACAAACGGAUGACCCAGUGCUGAAGAAAAUGGAAAUGAGGAUUCUGGAUGAGGCGGGUGCCAGAAUUUCGGAAGCCAAGAAUGAAGGAAAGAACAAGUAUCUCAGUGCCGAAAAGCAGAUGGUGAUUCAAAUGCAACAUAUUGCUGAGGAAGGCCUAGUGAAACAGCAAUUAGUUAACAAGCAAAUCGACGACGAGCUUGCUGCGACUAAGGCAGGUUUCAACAAGAAACGCGAACUCAUCGUGAACGAAACUAGAGCAAAAAUCGAUACGAUCAACGCAGAAGUAGCCCGGUGCCUGGAGUUGGUUGGCCUAAAGGUCCUCGAGGAUGCUGGCAAAAAUCGAUCCAUGUCCAAGGGAAAAAUGAAGGAAGGGACAGAGUGGUCUAGAAAUAAUGCAUCGAAAAGAUUUCGGCCACUCAGGGUCAAUUAUAAUACAGAGUCUGAGUAG